CAGACAUGUGUCGAAAGAGUGCUCGUUGUACGGAAUCGAGAAAAAAGAAACAGCCGUCACCGUGAACUUGUGUGUUUUAUCCGCUCGUUUCUACCACGUUUUCAGCAGCCGAAAGGAAAAUUGCCUUGGGUACCAGAACUUUUCGAAGGAAAAAAAGGAAAGGUUGUCACUCUCCCCACUGACACUUUUUGACUAUAUAAGAGGACUGGGUUAGAGACUUUUGCAUUGUCAGAUUAGAACUCGACCUAGUCGGAGCUCUCUCCCAGAUACUUGUCUUUGAAUUCUCUUUCAUCAUUUUGUUCGAUUAGCGAAAAAACGCCGUCCGAUCAAUUCGCAUCGUGUCGUUUUGUUUAUCAUGAUCAUCGACAACACAGUUUGAGAAAAAUGAUUGAAGUGAUGACUCAGCUGCCUCCGCCGCUGGUCAGCAUCGAUUGCGACCAGCUCAUGUACCAGGACGAUCCGAUGCUUACGUGUCUCAAUGACACGACCUUGUCGUCGUCGUCGUCCUCAUAUUCGUCAUCUUGGAACAACAACAAUAUUAGCGGCAACAACAGUUGUUCUUGGGACCGUUUUGCUCCAGCGGAAGAAUGGCUAUCUGAUUUGUACUAUAAUCCUGGCUGUCCAAGUUUCACGUCAAGUCCUGAUGGAUCUAGUGGACAUUCGGAUGAUAGUAAUCAACCGGCAACUUUGGAUCAAAGCGAUGCUACAACAGACGAUGACAAUUAUCUGAAUUAUCUCCUCAAUUCGCCAACUUUGCCUUUGCUGGACGAUUUGCUGCUCGAUCCCAAUCCAUCCUGCACUGCUAUUCCGUCAGUCAGCCCGCAGCAACAAGCCUGGACGUCACUGGAUGGAAACGAUGGUGUUCCAGAAGCUUACAGAGAAGAUUUUGCCGAAUUGGACUGGGAAGUUCAAUCACAUCCGAUGACAAACUGCCCUGCCGUUCCGAUCCUUCCGGAGCAGGAGUCUCUUUUAACGCCGUUCCAGGUGGAGAAUUGUGAGCCGAAACGGUAUUAUCCGUUGACACUGGACCCGCCUCCUUUGAUAUCCAUCCAUCAGCAACAGCCCAUGGUUAUCCCAAUGGAGCCCAGCAAACCUGGCAGAUCCAGCGGUGGACGCUCUUUACUCAUCCAGCCUCGGUCUCUCAAUCAAACAAUCAAGGCAACAACCAACAGUAACAGUAUCAAGAACAACAGUAGCAGUCCCUCGAAAACGGCCAUAAAAGAAGAGGACAAGAUUUUUCCUUGCACGUAUCCAAAUUGCAAAAAGAUUUACGCCAAAUCGUCACACCUCAAAGCUCAUUUGAGGAGGCACACUGGCGAGAAACCGUUUGCGUGCACUUGGGCAGGAUGUGGAUGGCGCUUUUCUCGUUCGGACGAGCUGGCCCGUCAUAAGCGUUCCCAUUCUGGCGUGAAACCUUACGGUUGCCCGGUUUGCACCAAACGAUUUUCUCGUUCGGAUCAUCUGAGCAAACAUUUAAAGGUCCACCGAAGGGAACGUGGUGCUGCUGGGCAGCUAAAUCAGCCUAUUCUUCCAGCUUCCACUGGCGUCCGACGUGGUAGGCCACCUGGAGCUGCUUCGUUGGCUGCAGCAGCUGCUGCAGCGGCCGCCGCUGCCGCUGCUUCCAUCGGCGGAUGUGUUGCUCCAUCUCUGAUCAACACAUACGGAAACAAUUCCAGCCACCACCACAACCACCAUCUCAAUCAAUCACACCAAGUAUACAAUAGUAAUAGUAAUACUUUGCAUUGAUAGCUGUAAUAAUACGUUGAACGACGAUUUCAUUUUGUGAAACAACUGCCAAAGAUGUUUUUUUCUUCCUAGUUUCUUUUUCAUGUUGUUUCGCGAAACGAUCCUAUUCUUGGUUAGUUAAUUUCUUUCCUUGUCCGUCUGUAUAUCUCUAUAUAUAAUAGUUCGGAAGAAAGUAAGAAAAGCAGCAGAAUCGUAAUUAUAUGUAUUAUGUCAUUCUACUAAUGUAAGUGUAAUUGGGGUCGUUCUGCCGGAACUUUUUUUUUUUUUCAAAUUUUAUUUCCGGUUAUGUCGAUUCAUUUUCUAUUACUCUCCAUACCUCCCACUCGAGCGAAAGUAAGUGCAAGUCGCAAAUUUAAAACUUUUUGGCUGAAUUAUGUUAAUGGGAUUCUUGUUGUUGGUUUUUGCAUGUUGAGUCGUAUAUUUUUAUGACUUGAGAGGAAGAUCGUAACAAUCCCAUCUGACAUUCAGACUCAAUUUGUUUUCUUUGUCCGUUUGUAAAUAGUUUUUGACUGUUAUGCUAUAGAAAUUUAAAACAGGUGUUUAGCUGUUGUUGUUGUGGAUGGCCUUGUUCUAUCGUGUUGCAUUAGUAUUGUCUUAUUGGAUGUUUUGUUUGAAAUCCCGCCCCUGCUACUGGCUACACAAGUGCCGUGUUAUACGAGUGAAUCGUCUUGUUAAUUUCUUCGGAGUUAAAGUCAUUCCUCGUUUGUUUUUUGUUUUUUUCAAACUUAUUUUGCAUUCUGGAUAUGUACCAUUGUGCCUGCUUGAAUACUCUUUGAUGAAUUGGAAGCCUUAACAUUUUCUAGUGUAUUACAUCAUUGUAUUUUGUGUCUACUAAGAAAUAUGUCGUAAUCCAUACAUGAAUCAUUCCAUUUUAUGUAAUCUGUUGCUGAUCGGGUACUGUUGCUAUUUCUCCACAUUAUGAGUGAACUGAUUGUGUUUACUUAGCUCUCAAAUGAUGCAUUGAAAUUCUCGUAAAAUAAAGUUAUUGAGAAAUCACUACUUGAAGAAAUUUUACCUCGCCCUUUUUCACGUAAAAAGCAUCCCCAAUUUAAGUCCUGACUCUUGAAGUUCAACUCACUUGCUCUGUUGCUUACUAUUCAUGUCGUCAGUCGCCAUUGUGGUUGCACCGAGUCAGGUCGGACAUUUUGGCGGCAAUGGGUUGUGGUUAGUUGGUAAAGUGUAGCGACAGCAAUUUAUGUAUUUCGCGGUUGCAGUUUCGAGUUAGGGAAGAUUUGAUUGAUAAACUACUGGGUGAUGGUAUCUUAUGUCCUGCAGUGGUUCAAUUUGUGGAAAAACUAUGUUGGGAUAACUGAGAUCAAGAUCCUAACAAUAUUGGAGAUCCUUCUUCUCAUCUGAGAAAUAUUGAUAAUCAAGAUCUUAAAAAAAAAAUACAGCAAAAGUAAAAAAGCAUUUAACAGAAGACAUGUAUUUUCCAUUGGUAGCUGAACCAGCAUGGAAGGUCUUUGCACAGUUGUAUGUGGUUGCCUAUUGGAAGGGAACAACAACCUAAUGGUUGUAGGCCAUGGAAUGUUGACCAUUGAUCUAUGGGUAGAGAUCUACGUGACAGCUAAUUUUGGCCUAUAAUCCCCUGUCUGAGAAAACACAUGCUAAAAACUUUUUGAAAAAAAGCAUCAGAAACUGUUGUAGGAGCUCUAUGGGAAAUUCUUGAAAUGAGUGAAAAUAGCAACAUACACAUGUGGACAAAAUAAAGCAAUACAGGUUAUGAAAUAUAACCAAUGAAAAAGCAAUCAACCCAUGACCUGAGUCAGAUGGAAAAGAAAAAUUUUGUGACUGUAGUACAAAACAUGGAUGGUACAUGCUGCAUAAGAAACCAUAUUCAUAAUGGUAGUUUUUGACAUUUGCACAUUGUAUUGUUUCAAAUUACUUCCUUUUGUUUCUUCAUCCAUCUUUGAAAUUAUUGAGUCGCCAUUAAAUAGAGAUUCUUCAAGUUCUUCUGGGAUGCGUACCGCUAGAAGCUGCAAUCAAUUCCUAUUCCAACCAUUUUGGACCACACAACAUAUUUUGGCUAAAUUCUGCAAUUCUUAUGAACUUCAAUCUCUCCCUAUGGAGAUCUUAUGUAUUGUCAUCAUAUCUACCUUUAUUCACCGAAAGCCGGCCUUGGCCAACAUUGGUACAACAUAUACUUGGAAAACGGGUAGCAAUUUAUAUAUACCUGGUGAAGUUGGUGCUACUGCAUGCCAACCUCUACAAUACCUUUAGUAUCAGUUAACACCAAUUGUUCCGAUUUCUUGGCCUAAAUUUAAGCCAGUCGUAGUACGUCGGCAUUAUCUUCCGCCCCGUUCGGUUCCAGGACUGCUACUCUGGUUAAUUCCAGCACAAGGCCAAUCACAGUCAAAGGCUCGCAGAGUUACGAAACCUCCAGGAUCGCCUGUCAAUAGUUCAACAUAGGGGGAGGACAUGGAUGUGACGAGCUCCUCUUCCCCACCACCCUCUGUCGCACCUACCAACGCCAAAUCGCUCCUUCCUUCGCCAACGCACUCCUCCGUCGAUUUGGGCAGACGAAAGACAAGUUAUAAUUCAAACGUCUUUCUUUUUUAUCAUUAUCGGCUGGAUGAUAUUUCCUUUGAAUUUUAAGUUUCAGGGGGACUAAACACAGCCGGAAUGGGUUCAGCAAAAGUCAUAGAUUACAGUGAUAAAUUACAGUGUAAUCGGUUACUCUGGUUCAGCUAGUGCUGGACUCCUUAAAAUAGAAAUUCGCAGCAAUUUCAAAUUGCCAAUUUGCCUUUGCCCAUGAAUUUGAUCAGUGCCAAAAACGAGAAAAAGGCGGACGUGGCACUGGCCAACACGGUGCCCAUAAAACAACACCUGCCGAUGAAAUUGGCCAAAUUAGGAACCGCCAUGGAAGUGGGACGUUUAGCUAAAUCUUUAUUUAAACGAAUAGCUUCAAACAGUAUUGAAAAAUUAAGCUUUGUGACGUUAUCGACAGAUGGCAUUUCAAGAAUGACGUCUAUCUCCACGAGAGGCUCUGACAACUGUUUCUCACCAGUUAUAGGACGGAACUAUUGCGUAUCAAGGACUCAAGGUGUCAGUUGUACAUGAAAAGCACGGUGCUAGAAUACAAAUUUGUUUGCUUAAUAGAGAUCAGUGUAUUGCACGAAGUUUCGGGCGCGGGAUGUCGAGAAAUUUCCUAGUUUUAACAAACGUGUUACCCAUGCUUUGUUACAACCAGCCAUCCGUAUAUGGAUUAGGUUUCAUGCUUCGCAAAUGGGGAAAUGGGUUUUAGAAAUGUCUUAAAUGCCGUACUUGCAUUACCUUUUUUUUUUUAACUCUCGCUUGUAAGCCACGUGGUCCAUGCUACAAGGUUUGCGGUUGUAUCUCUUCGUAUCAGUUGCAUCCAGCUGUUUGAGAUGUGAAGCUGUUGCUGUGGAUAAAUUUCAUUUAGUAGAAAGUACUGGAUGAUGAAAGUUCAUUUGGAGGUGAUUUGGCUAAGGCAAAAAAGUAAAGGUUGUCACAUAUAUGUCUCGUGUUCCAUGCUGAAGGAAGCUCAACUACUGGAUUUUGAUAAAACUUAUCUUAAAUACCAAAUUGCAGGGCUUAGGUGAGAUAGUAAAAUCUCCAGCAUGUGGUCACCCAUUGUUGCAGACUGCAAUCUGUGAAGGCAUCCUGAAAAUAAAUACUGCAGUGUCCAGUGAUGACUAAAAUUGGUGACAAUUUAUCUACAACAGAUUUCCCUAUAAGGCAUUCUAGAAUAGACUUUACCCAGCUGGAAAAAAAGAAAUAAAACAGGGAUCUUUGGAAGAGCUGGAUCUUUAACAAAAGGGCAGACGAUAUCGAAAUGGAAUGUACUGCUGUCCAGUACGUCUCUUGCUACACUAGCAUUACAUUCAGUAAUGCAAUCCCACACAUGAAGCGAUGUUUUAACAAAUACGAGAGCCAAAAAUGGUUCGAUUCAAUCUUUCAAGCUAACAUGGAAAGCAACGUUAUGUUUUGUGGUUAACAAUACUAGUAACCGAAUAUUCUGCAACCGACUUGGUGUCGAUGUCCUUAACAUUGCAAACAUCCUAGGGUAUUGAGUUUCUGUGAAAAUGCUGAAGAAUGCUGUCUUGUUAAAAAAAAGAAGACAUGGCAAGCACAAUAACUGGAAAAAAACUGCGGAGAGCAUAAAUUGAUGUGAAAAGAGCCCUCCAGUGGCUUUAACUUGACAAGUUAUUCCAGAAAGAUUGACAGACUUGAACUGCAAGCUGAGCUUCAACCCCUUUCACUGCAUUCAACUUUCAACUAUGGAUUGAUGCUGCAAUAGCACUUCGGACCACCUGGCGCGACUGCAGAGAUCUGCGAGACCUUCACAAAUAAAAGCCAAUAAGAAAACGCCACCAAAGAAGAUGGCGCAUGUUGAGGAUAACAACGAACAGUACCUAAUAGUUCCAGUAUACCGAAAAGCUCUACUGUAUUUCGAGACACAGCUUCUGUGUAGUUAGAAGGGGGAAAUUAGUCAACCAUAGCGAUAUGCCGUAAUUUUAAGAAUAGAAUAAUGCUUGCUGAAAUCGUGUUGCGAGUAUACGAUUUAAAGUCGCAGAGCAAGUUAAUAGUAAACGUGGGUUAUUCGGUGCAGAAUAUUCUCUAGAUUUGUGAAAUCUCCACUCCCAUUUUCAUUUCUGAGAUUUAAACAUGGAUUAUCUUCAUAUCUUUUUGGUGUUGGUUUCUGAAAUACCGGGCCUUUGUCUUGGUUUCGGUUUCCGUUCUCCCGAACAACUUAAUCGGUUGUCGGACUUGCCGGGAAUCUGCUUGUUCUUCCACUCAUCCCAGUCACUUUUCUUAGAGCCAUUUCAGCGUCUUUUAUGCUUUAUUGUUUUCAACUAUUUGACUGUGGGCUACACUGUUUGUUUCUAGUCGUUUUCUUUAUGAAAUUGACAGUAGCACAAAGAGCACACAGUCUUACGCAAUACCGAAUUGUUUGUGUGUUUUUGUAUUAUAUAUCUUGUGUUUUUAUACCAUUAUACGGCAACCAAUUGAUUUUCUGGUGUUACGUGUACCUUGGCUUAAUCUAGUUACCAUGUGUUUUUUAAAUCACCAGAAGACAAACUGUAAAGUUCAUUCUGGAGGAAGUGUGCAGUUGUUUGUAUGCAGAAAGAGCAGUCAAGAAAUGAUAAGCCCGAUUUAGACAAAAUAUUACUUUACAUUCUUUAUAUACUUUCAUUUUGGUCGGGUACUCGUGUUAAACAGUUCACAUUUAAAGGUCAACCUUUUUUUCCCCGAAAGCCAUAAGUCGGGCUUAUUCACAAUACCAUCAAGUUUGAGUGUAAAAAUAUAUAUUUUUUUUUUACUUUUGCCUUUCGGGAAAAAAAAAAAAAGUAUUAAUUCGGAGUUAGAUGACGCUACUGCGCUCCUAGGUUUUUUUUCUGUGAUUGAGUGUGACUAUGAAACCUGUGUUUGAAUGUUUUGUAACUGUGUUACAUUUCAACGCAAAUUCGAACAAAUCAAGUGGUGUGAUAUCAACUAUUAAGUGUUUUCAUCCUUUUGGGUAUUUUGGAAAUUGAGCACAUCAAAUGGAUUAUUUCUUUGGUAAUGGGUAUGCUUCAAUGCUUGUGAUCAGGUAUGCCAGCUGUCAAACCCACAAACUGUUAGCAACCAAUGACUUUUUCAACCCCAAAUAGUAUUCUGUUGAUAACUAAAAUGUUUAAUUCGUGAAACUUGAAUUGCAAAGGAUGCUGACCGUUUAGAAAUUUCAUCAGUGAUGCAAAUCCUAUGUUUUGAAAUACCAUCGUCUGAUUCUGCUACUAUUCACUCAUCAUGUUCUAACUGCCAGCUUCUUCUUGCUUCCCAUGAAAAAGACAAUCAAAAUUCUGGCCUUCAAGUUUAACCUCAAUCAAGCCAUCAAAUU